CUUUCUCUACUGCCGAGAAUUGCACCAUAAACUUUGAAUUACUUUCCUUUCUCACUAGGCUUUUCUCCAUUGCCGUCUAUGAGGGUGAGAAAGAGAAAUUUCUCCAUUGAGGAUAUUUUCUUGGUGUUUUUCUCAGACAGUGAACUUGAAAACUUUCUUAUUUUGAGAGUUGUUUGUGAUGGAAAUGGAUUGGCAUAUCUUGAUUUAAAUAGGGGAGGAGGAGGUUCACGGGUUCCAUUAAGUGGGUAGUUGGAACGAUGGCUUCUCGUACAUGUUAGACAAUGCUUCCAUAAUUCCCUUCGCUGUCUUCUCCUUCAGAAUGUUGAAUGCAACAUUCUUCGUCAACGAGAGACGGAUCACGGAUAUAGCUUUCCGAUCCAAACCUGCCCAAUCUGCAUCCGACAUCUUUUCUGGCUUGUCACCCAAUACCACAAUUGGAUGGCGGGACGGCGGCGCUAGCGAUCUCGACGGACGGUUCCCCACAACGGCGGCGGCUCCUUCUGCCACUGCUCCUGCGUGCGGCGGUCUGUGCGCAAACGACGGCGGCGAUCUGGGACCUCGACGACGAUUGGGUCAGCGUCGGCUCGUUCUGCGUGCGGCUAUCGGUGGCGGCGAUCGAGAUGGCGACGCGGCGGCAACUGGGUUGGCGGCUGCACCUUUAGAUUUGGACGGCUGCUCCACAGCGACAGCGGCUCGAACAGGGGACGGCGGCGCACCAACUGGAUUGUAUGGGCUGAUGGAGCAUACUCUUUUGGCAAGGGAGAUCUCUGGUCUUUGGAAAGCUUAUGCAGAUGCUACCAAGGCUCCCUUUUCAGCUGCCCCUCUCUCUUUGCAGCAGGUGCUGUUAAGUUGGUGGUUUUCUUCUAACAAGAAGAGAAUUUUGGGCAAUGUGAGGUUUGUUCUUCCUGGGCUGCUGAUCUGGAACAUUUGGAAGGCAUACAACUCCUGCAUUUUGGCAAAGGCUAGGCUCUCCAUUCAUCUUGAAAGCAAACGGUAUGACUUCCACCUUUCCGAUUCUCUCCAUAUUUCAGAGCUCAAGAAAGGUGCAGAUAAGAAUGGUUUAAAGUGCUUUAUCAAAGCCCUUUCUAGGUCUCUGGAAGAAAUGAAUUUUUUUGCCCCUAUUGCACAAUCAGAGCUUCCCUUAGCCACUGCAAGUCCGGCCCAUAUCGAAGAUUCUGAGGUUCCAAGAAUCACAACACUCCCCCCGGAUAGUGGAGUGACCCAUGGUAGAAGUGAGGACCCAGUUUCUGCUGGGUGGCAAGACCCAUUAGUUGAUGCCCUUGAUAUCUGCUCUGUUGUGCAGGAGGAUUGCACUUCGUCCAUUCCAGGCUUACUUUUUCAAAUAGACAUCCUUGAUCUAUGCAGCAAAGAAAAGGUUUUAGAAUUAUGUUGCAAGGGAUAUUUUGAAGAGGAAUUCAAACUUCUAGAGCCCCUGUUCACAGAACACUUUGAGUCUUACUUCAAGGAAACCUCUUGCUAUAUUAGGGAAGCAUUGACUAUAGGGCUGGUUCGUGACAAGCUGCAGAAGGGGAUUUUGAAAAAUGGUAAGGGUAAAGCCUUCAGGAUGACAAGACAGGUGGCUAAAAGCAUCGAGGUUGUUGAUUCUGUCAACAUCAAGGAGCUUAAGAGGGAUGUUUCUUCAUUUCUCUCCACCAGAUUUGGGGUUUUCCUCUACUGCUUUAAGAGAAGGUGGAGGAGACAGAGCUCAGGGCCUUUCAGUAACGAAGCCGGUCAGAUUUUUUUAUCAAUUGAAAGCAAAGAUUUUGUGAUCUCAGCAGAUGGGCAGUGCAUCAGUAUUUCCGAAUCAAAAUCCGGUAAGAUCCGUAUUCUAUCCAUUUCAAGGAUUUUAGCCACACGUUUGAUUGACAUCCUAAGAAGGUCGGAUUACUCAGAAGAAUCUUGGGAAAUCACUUGUUAUGAUGGAGAUUCUUCCCUCAAAGUGGUAUGGGAAUCAAAUAGGUUUGGACAUUAUGCUAGACUUUCUAAUAAAGGGAGCUCUCACAUUUUCAUACCUGUUGGUUUCUACUUAUCUGGAAUUAGGCUCUUUAGCAAAGGUUUAGCUCAAUUUCUUAGGGCAUCAGAAGAUAGGAUUUUGGAGAGUUGCCAACCGCCACUUCUAAAUGGAACUACUAGAAUAUCCGGGAAUGCUAAAAUAGACAGGGAUGAAGGAUGGAGAUGCGCGCAAAGUGAGAGGCUUUAUGGUAGAGAAGAGGAAGGACAGACGGAAUCUACGAAUAAGGCUUUCAUGGAUUCAGCACUGAAAUUGGAGUUCGAAAGAACUCAAUCACACUCCACAGAUGAAAAAAUAGACCAGGAGAGUAUGAAGCAGUUUGAUCAAGUAAUUAAGGACAACCUCAACCUCUUCAGGAAAUCCAUGGCUAACACAAAGUUCUUACAUGCUCUAAACAAGGGACAGAUACUCGGUUACUCAGAGGAAGUCGUUCGGGUUACUAGAGAGACAAUGAAGAGCUUUGAAUACAUAGAUGCGGCAGUAGUUCAAGGAGCGAAAUACCCAGUCUACCUUGCUUAUGCCAACGAGGAUAUGUUUCUUAGGGAUUCAGAAGAUAGGAUUUUGGAGAGUAACCAGCUGCCCCUUCUAAAUGGAACUACUGGAAUAUCAGGGAAUGCUAAACUAGACAGAGAUGAUGGAUGGAGAUGCACCCAAAGUGCAAGGCUUUAUGGAAGAGAAGAGGAAGAACAGAAGGAAUCGGCGAAUAAGGUUUUCACAGAUUCAACAUUGAAAUUGGAGUGCGAAAGAACUCAUACACACUCCACAGAUGCUGAAAUUGACCGGGAGAGUAUGAAGCAGUUUGAUCAAGUCAUUAAGGACAACCAUGCUCUAAACAAGGGACACAUACUCAAUUACUCAGGGGAAGUCGUUCGGGUUACUAGAGAGGCAACAAAAAGCUUUGAAUACAUAGAUUCAGCAAUAGUUCAAGGAGCGAAGUACCCGAUCUACCUUGCUUACGCCAACGAGGAUAUGGAUGCAGUUCUCAAUCAUUUAUGCAGAAAAUCUGAUAGUUUGGUAGUGCUGAAUCCUGCUGCAACAAGAUGUCUACUCUGGUUUGAUUUCUGGUCCGUCAGCAUAACUGCUAGUAGGGAGGAAGUUGUUUCUUCAAUCUUCCAUGUUCCCGCUGCAAUGAAGGUGCCAUCCCCUCUGCAUAGAACUGCGGUUGCCACCCCGUUGUGUUUGAGGAGGAUGAGUCUGCCACUUGUGGCUGAGAAGUCUGCCCUGCCAGCCCUUCAACUUAUUGUUAAAUUGAUCAAUGAGUGUUUGGCAGUACUGAGCUCUGUUAAUCCCUCUGAAUAUUUGAACACCCAAGUAUUUAAAGGGCAGAAUUCCAUGGUUCAUGCCAAGGGUAUUGCACAUGUAGUUGAUUCUAUGGUUGCCCUAAAAAAAUGGCCAGUGAAACCAUCAGGCCCUGGAGAGCUGUCUGGACAAAGGUCCCAGAUUGGUGUUUUAACCUCUUCCAUAGUUGGGAGGCUGCAAAGGGAGAGGUUGUCAUUAGGGUUCAGGAUGAGGGGAAUAUUUUCCAGGAUGUCCGGGCAAAGGUCAGUGUCUUCAUGUGUGAAGAGGGUACUGAAGAAAGAGGUGGCCUCUGAAGCAAUGUCAUCCCACUCAGCUUCUUCAGCUAGUUUAAGUAUAUCCUCCUGUUUGGUUCUGUUCUUGAGGAUGUUCCCAAAGGGUGAGGAAAGAGGGGCUAGCAGUCCAACAGUUAAGGAAUUUAAAGGGAAAAGGACCCUUGAAAUUACCAUUGGUAAUUUUGAGGAGGAUUGGGGAGUGGUCAGAACUUUGGCUAAGUGUUCAGAAGAGAUUAGGCAGUUAAGGUUGCCCAGGGGAAUCUUAGCCAUUGGAGGGGAAAAAUGCUUGCAGGAAGCUGAGUGUCUGUUGAUUCCUUUGCACAUUUUGCAGAAACCAGGGAGGUUUUCGAAUUCUGCUUGCAGAAGAAACAAGGUCAUGGCUGGAAGAUUAUUUCAAGCGGGAAUAUCCGAAGGACAAUCCACUACUCAUCCUCCACUCUUUGACGGCACAAACUUUGCAUAUUGGAAGGAAAGAAUGCGGAUCUUUGUUCAAUCCAAUGAUUACAAAUCAUGGAUGGUCAUCAAGUAUGGAGACACAUCUCCCUACAAGAUCGUUGAUGGAGUACGAGUGCCCAAGUUGGAAUCCGAGUAUGAUGAAAUGGAUAAAAAGAAUGUGAUGCAAAAUUCCAAAGCCAUCAACUAUCUUUAUUGUGCGGUCAAUCCGGAUGAUUACAGAAAGAUUUCACGAUGCAAAACCGCAAAUGAAAUGUGGAACAAGCUAGAAUUAACUUAUGAAGGUACUACUCAAGUGAAGGAUGCUAAAGUUGAUUUAUUGCUUCAUGAGUAUGAAUUAUUCUCAAUGAAAGAGAAUGAAUAUGUUGAUAGUUAUUUUGAGAGAUUCUCAAAUAUUAUCAAUAAUCUUGACACACUCGGAAGGCACUACACGGAUAAUGAGUUAGUUCGGAAAAUCUUACGGUGUAUGACUCCUGAGUGGAAAUCCGAGGUUAGAGCCAUUAGUGAAGGAAGGGACUACAACACCUUGACCUAUGACACUCUACGGGGAAAGCUACUUACCUAUGAAUCUUCUACGCUUUAUCCUCUGGGAGACAACAAACAAAAGAAGUCCAUUGCUCUAAAAUCCACCAAGGAGAUUGAAGAGGAAAAUCAAAAUGAAGAGUCAAGUGAUGUAGAAGACAAUCCCGAACUUGCUCUUGUUAUCAAACGCUUCAACAAAUUUGUCAAGAAAAAUUUCAAGACUAGAAGGGACAAAUCAAAGAAGGCAACACCACCCAAAUGCUAUGAAUGUGGUGAAUUGGGACAUAUCAAGCCCUAUUGUUUAACAUUGAAGCAAGACAAGGACAAGAAGAACAAGAAGCAUCGAAAGAUUACCAUUUAUCAUGGUUCUAAUAGUUGGGGAGGUUAUCUCAGGAUUCUUGAAUCGAGAAGAGAAGGGAACACUUCCAUUUUCGUUCCUACGGACAAAGGGGGUUUGGGGUGUUUCUUGAAGGCCAUUGAUGCUUUCAUUGGUUCUUGUUCAUUAGGGAACUCUUCUUUUCUUGUGGAUUCUCCUAAGGCAGUGCAGGUUUUAGAUGUUUCCUCCUCCUCAGGGCAAGGUACUAGACCUCUACCUAUGUUGGCAGGGGGUUCUAACAGUCUAGUGGACAAGGAAGAGAUUGGUACUCCUCUGCAGCAUGAAGAUUCUCCAGGUGUAGAGCCAGCUAGAAACUUGCCACUCAGCCACGAAGAGCAACUGCUAAUUGAUGGGCUGCUUAGCCAAACUCCGAAGAUGGAAGCUUCGAAUUGGGAGGACUCUAUACAACCGGAACUGGAUCUCAUGCUUAUAGAUGACAAAGUGGAAGAAUAGGCAGGAGGGGAUUUUCAAAAACAAUAUGAGAUGCUUAAGCCCAUUUUCGAACAACAUAUUAGCGAUGACUUCGAGAACUCCCUUUGGAUGAUCAAGGAAGCAUUACGUUUGCCCUUCAUCAAGGAAAAGAUCCAAAAGGGGCUUGUUUCAACUCUUCAGGGUAAGGCUUUAAAAGUGACAAGGGAGGCCAUGAAGAGUGCGCAAUGCAUAAGAGCUAUUAAGCUGAAAGGUACGCGACAUCCAGUUCUCCUAGCCUGCGCCAACAUUGAUGUACCGAUCAUAACGCCAUUGUGUGAACAUCUCAUCGACUACGAAUAAAAGGGAGGUAUACAU